AUGGAAUCUCUUACCGAUCGGAAGAGGCAUCAACAAUGCGGACCACUCCACGAAAUCAUUCAGGAUCGGAGAGAAAAGACGACCGGCAUGAAGCCUGCCUGGUAUUACCUUGCCCAGUCCAAGAUGCCAGAACUGCGCAAAGAAGCAGUCCGACUGCUGCAAGAUCAAUAUCGGCUGGAGGCACUCUCGGGGGACCAGACAACUACCACGCAUAAAUGGGCGCAGGUAGAACAUCAACUGCGUGAAAAAAUGCCUACCGAGUUUCAUACGCUGGACCGUCUCCAGCAACACGUCGAGAUCUGGACUGUGUGCAACAAGGAGAAGAUCGCACAGCUAUUUCAGGGUGCGAUUACCGAAGCAGAACGCCUCAACGUACUUCUGGGACCGACCAUAGAUAUCGCCGGCCCAGCAGAGGCUCUCCGGCAAGGCUAG